CUGGUCUCCAGCUCUCCUCUGUUUGAGUUUUCUCUGAAAUCAAGCCUGAGUGGUCGAGCGAGGCAAGAGGUUGGUGAGAGAGUGUGUGUGUGUGGGGUUUCCAGUCUCGGUGAGGCGCCUCAGGCUGCGCCGCGGCGGGCAUUCACCGCUUGCUCCACACUCUGGACGCUUCUCGCCGCUUGCCGCCUCGCUCAGAUGAAGGUGGAGGGCCUCCAGGACGACAGGGAGUCUGGCUCCGUGUCUACAGCAGACCAGACCUCUGGCGGGACAACGUGCGGUUCCACCUCGGCCGAAUGCUGCAUGUCGCGGCUGCUGAGUGCCGUGGAGAACGAGCUACAGGCCGGCAGGGAGAAAGGCGACCCGACAGAGAGGGAGCUGAGGGUGACGCUGGAGGAUGCCGAGCUGUGGAGGAAGUUCCAGCAAAUCACCAACGAGAUGAUCGUCACCAAGAACGGACGACGGAUGUUCCCCGUUCUGAAAGUCAGCGUCUCGGGUCUGGACCCCAGCUCCAUGUACUCCUUCCUGCUGGACUUUGUGCCGGCUGACAGCUGCCGCUGGAAGUUUGUGAAUGGUGAGUGGGUGGCGGCGGGCCGGGCGGAAGGACGCGGCGAAGGGCGGGUCCACGGCGGCAUCUACAUCCACCCAGACUCACCCAACUUCGGAGCGCACUGGAUGAAGGCGCCCGUGAGUUUCAACAAGGUCAAACUGACCAACAAGGUCAACGGAGGAGGACAGAUCAUGCUGAACUCCCUCCAUAAGUACGAGCCCCAGCUCCACAUCGUGUGCGUUGGCUCUCGCCACCGGCUGGUCUCCAACGUUUCCUUCAAGGAAACCCAGUUCAUUGCAGUCACCGCCUACCAGAAUGAAGAGAUCACAGCUCUAAAGAUCAAAUAUAACCCGUUUGCGAAAGCAUUUCUGGACGCCAAAGAGAGGAACCCGGGGGGGCGGAGCUUAUUGGAGCCUUCAGAGAGUCGUGUGGGGAUCCAGCCCUGUUGGCCGCUGUGCCCAGCUGCAGGAGGUGGAGCUUUCCCAUAUGCCAGCGGCCUCCCUCUGGCGACGCAUCAUCACCACGGUUACAAACACCAUGGUUACCCCGGGAGACAUACGCCUUAUACCCCGUACCUGCCGCACCGCACCCACUCCUCAGUGUGCCUGUCUGACGGUGUUCAGGUGUUGGCCGAUGGCUGGAGCAGCUCCUCACCUCGCCCUGCCUCUACCUCCUCGCCUUCAUCCUCCUCCUCAUCCCUCCCCCAAACCAGCAAUGCUCCCUCCUCACAGCCUCCUCCCCACAACUCCAGUCAGUUUCCGUGUCUCUGGACGGUCGGAUGCAGUGAGCUGAGUCCCUCCCACUCGCCGUGCACCCCUCUGCAUGGACCCCUCAGCAGUGAAAACCCCUUGCCAAGCCAUGGCAGAGCGACUGGAGCGGUGUGGCCCCCUGGCCCCACCCACCCUUUCUGAGGAGAGAUAAAUCUGGAAGUAGUAAAAAUCUUGAAUUGAUGUCUGUUACUAUUUAUAAAUACUUGGUGUGUCUUUUGGUCAUCACUGUCUCUGGACACCAACAGGUCUGGCGGUUUUUAGCUGCUUCUUUAGUGGUCCAACAGGCCCACUAAUUUUCACAUUGACAUUUUUUUCUGUUCUUGAAGCUUUGCAAACACUGUUCGGCACACUCAUUCGGCACUAUACCUGUGGAGGGGAGAAUAUGAAUAUAUUUAAAUGUCCUUAGGUUGUUUCAGGUAAUAAAUGUUUAUUGUCAUUCAUUGG